GGGCCUGUUAGCCAGCAGCUUCACAGAGACACAUUAUCUGAAGGACGGCACUGAUGUGGUGCUCACACGCAAUUACACGGGUCACUGCUAUUACCAUGGCAACGUGCAAGGGUACCCUGACUCCUCUGUCAGCCUCAGCACCUGCUCUGGACUCAGGGGAAUUAUUGUAUUUGAAAACAAAGGCUACAUUCUGGAGCCAUUAGAAGGUGCUACAAGUGAACACAAGAUCUACCGAGCAGAGAGUCUGAAAAUAGCCCCAGGAUCUUGUGGCCACCAGCUGGACAUCACUGCCAUGGGAGCUGCUGACAGUGACACAUCACACCAUUCUCAAGCUGGCAGGUACAAGAGGGAGACUCUGAAGACAACGAAGUAUGUGGAGCUUGUUAUUGUGGCAGAUAAUCGUGAGUUUCAGAGACAAGGCAAGGACGUGGAAAAAAUUAAGCAGAGGCUGAUAGAAAUUGCAAACUACGUUGAUAAGUUCUAUAGGCCAUUAAACAUUCGAGUAGCCCUGGUUGGAGUGGAAGUAUGGAAUGACAUGGAUAAGUGCUCCAUUUCUCAAGACCCUUUCACCAGCCUUCAUGAGUUUCUGGACUGGAGAAAGCUAAAACUACUACCUCGUAAACCCCAUGACAAUGCACAGCUGAUAAGUGGGGUGUACUUCCAAGGGACCACCAUUGGCAUGGCACCCAUCAUGAGCAUGUGCACUGCAGAGCAGUCUGGAGGGGUUGUCAUGGAUCACUCAGAAAACCCUCUGGGUGCAGCAGUCACUCUGGCUCACGAGCUGGGGCACAAUUUUGGAAUGAAUCACGACACGUUGGAGAGAGGCUGCAACUGCAAAGCAUCUACUGAUAAAGGAGGUUGCAUCAUGAACCCCUCGACUGGCUAUCCAUUUCCCAUGGUGUUCAGUAGCUGCAGUAGAAAGGACCUGGAAAACAGCCUGGAGAAAGGAGUGGGAAUGUGCCUCUUUAACCUGCCUGAAGUCAAGGAGUCCUUUGGUGGCCAGAAGUGUGGGAAUGGCUACGUGGAAGAUGGGGAGGAGUGCGACUGUGGGGAGCCUGAUGAAUGUACAAAUCAGUGCUGCAACGCAACCACCUGUGCCUUGAGACCAGGAGCAGUGUGUGCACAUGGACUCUGCUGCGAAGACUGUCAGUUAAAACCAGCAGGGAUUUCUUGCAGAGAGUCAAGUAACUCCUGUGAUCUGCCGGAGUUUUGCACUGGAGCCAGCCCUCAGUGCCCAGCCAAUGUGUACUUGCACGACGGCCACGCAUGCCACGGCGUGGACGGGUACUGCUACAACGGCAUCUGCCAGACCCACGAGCAGCAGUGCAUCACCCUCUGGGGCCAAGGUGCAAAACCUGCUCCUGGGAUCUGCUUUGAGAGAGUCAACUCGGCAGGUGAUCCUUAUGGCAACUGUGGGAAGGACUCCAAGAGCUCCUUCGCUAAAUGUGAACCCAGGGAUGCUAAAUGUGGAAAAAUCCAGUGUCAAGGAGGAGCAAACCGACCUGUGAUUGGUACCAACGCUGUUUCCAUAGAAACUAAUAUCCCACUGCAGGAAGGAGGCAAGAUCCUGUGUCGUGGGACCCACGUGUAUUUGGGGGAUGAUAUGCCUGAUCCUGGUCUUGUGCUGGCAGGAACCAAGUGUGAAGAUGGAAAGAUCUGCCUGAAUCGUCGGUGCCAGAACACAAGUGUGUUUGGGGUACAGAAAUGUGCAACCAAGUGCCAUGGACGUGGAGUCUGCAACAACAAGAAGAACUGUCACUGUGAGGCUGACUGGGCUCCCCCCUUCUGUGACAAGCCAGGCUUUGGUGGCAGUGUGGACAGUGGGCCCAUUAGACAAGCAGAUAAUAAGAGUUUGACCAUAGGAGUGUUGAUAACCAUCCUGUGCCUUAUCUUUGCUGGAUCAAUCAUGUACCUGAAAAGGAAGACUUUCAUGAGAUGGUUGUUUACAAGUAAGAAGACAACAAUAGAGAAAUUAAGGUCUGUGAGUCCAGCAAGACCUUCCAGUUCAUCUGAGCCUCAUCAUGUUCACACCACCUCUCUCAGGAAAAAUCUCAUCAUGAAACCACAAAAUACAACCAUACAAAAAAGAGAAGGUCCACGACGACCACUGCCAUAUCAGAUCAUCGACAUCAGUAACCCUGUGAAGACACAGGACCUGCCACAACUCAAAACACCACAGCGAGUCCUGCCACCCCUUCCCCAGCUGCCAUGCCACCAAGCUGGCCCUGAAAGACCCUUACCAGCUAACCCUUUGCUGAGGUUCUCCCAGGACCCCCCCAAACCCAACCCUCCUCAGAAGCCUCUCCCAGCAGACCCUCUGACCCGAGCACGUUACCACAGUGUGUGCACAGCAGUGCCAGGACACACAAAGGCUCAGCCUCAUGUCACUCCUCUAAGACCUGCUCCCAAACACCCACCCCAGGGAUCCAGGCCCAGCCACACUGCUGAUGUGAAAUGA